CAGAAGAGUCCCAUACUGGGACAAAGAGGUCAUCCAAUGCCUUAAGGUUUUCUGUGUUGCUCUAACACCGAUCGGUUCAUGAUUUCAAUGCCUGAAUAUGUUCAACGAAUUAGUACUGAGUUGGUUACAAUUUUUUAACCUCUCCCUCAAGAAGUGACGGAAUCUUCAAUCUCUUUUUCUCGUCUCCUAGUAUGUAACUACCUGCUUCAAUGAUAACCACACAUAAGCUAACCAACUUUUCUUAUAACGGAAAAACAUUUUAUUGGUGAACACUGAACCAUCAGGACAAGUAACGAGAAGUCAUGUUUACUGUCAUGUGCGGGCAAUAUGGAUUCCCUUCCGUGAUCUUGGUUCCGAACCCUGAUGACCCUAACUAAAAAACUACUGCAGGGGCUUGAUGACAGUAGUGAUGAAAAUGGAUUUCCCGUUAUUCAGGAUGAAGAUUUUCAAGCUUCAGUUCCGAAACCCCUUCUUGAUGUUAGCAAUUUAGUUUCAAACGAACUUACGCUGAUAUCAAAUAUUGUUAAAAGUGAUGUUUCAAAGUCGCUAUAUUAUCAUGGAAGUUCGGAGCUAUACCAGUUGCUGGAUUUAUUGGUUAGAAGUUUUGAAAACAUCAUUAGUAAACACAAUGACCUAAUUAAACAUCUAGUUACAAUGGAUAAGGAAGAGUCUUACUUACCAAUUUCACUUACGUCUCACAAAAAAGCAGUUGAAACGAUUAUGUCACUGGACUUUUGUUUAGCUAGUCAGUCUUUAGCUACAAGCUCGUUCAAUCUCCGAAAAAGACUUAUGGAGUUAGUCUUGGAUUCGAAAAACAACAUUGAGAAGUUAAUAAGUUUCAAUCAGAGUUUGUCUUUACUAGCCUGUCAGCUUAAUGAAGCUAGUAAUUUAAAUGAUAAUAUGGAUGAACCUUUCACUACAUGAAAACAUAAGGAAGGGCAGAAAUAUUGUAUAUAUUAACUGUUUUUAAUUCAAAUUGUAUACCAUUAAUAUAUGUAUAAGUUAUUAGCUUUGUUGCAAUAUGUUGGUUAUUUUAUUAA